CUAAGAACACCUCCAUGUCCAUCAGUCCAUCAGGUUUGGUGUCAGUAGGUAGCUGGGUGAACCUGACCUGCUCCAGCAGAGCCAAACCUCCUGUCAGCAGCUUCAGCUGGUUCAGGAUCAGCAAAGAUGGAGACAUCAAAGUAGCUGAUGGAGACUUUUACAGCUUUAAUGUGACAGAAAAUGCAGAGUAUCGUUGCACUGCAACAAAUCGAAUGGGAAAUCAGACAGCAGAAGUUAUAGCUCUUCGUAUAAAAGGUGCUCCUAUGGACACAUCAUCAUUCUCAAGUUCAUCAGGUUUGGUGUCAAUCACUGGAGGGAUUGCAGGGGCCAUUCUACUCAUCUGUUUGGGUUUUCUCAUCUGGUGGUUUAAGUCUAGACAUUCAUCUUCAAAUCAGACUCACCGCACCACACAGAGUUUGGGUGAAGAAAAUGCUGCUCAAAGUCAAGACAUCCACUAUGGAGAAAUUGUCUUUUCCAAGGGGGGACUUUUCUCACACUCAACGCAGAAAACGGCAGACCCAGACCAGCCAUUUGUUGUGUAUUCACAAAUAAAUGUAGGUCAGAGUGGAAACACACAAACAGGUGAAGACAUAUACUCUGUGGUGAAAAGAUGAGUGGACUGAUGUGUACAAAUGUUAGGAUUUUUUGUUGUUUUUAGACUUUAUGCUAUUAUUAAAUCUCAUUCAGCAAAUAAUCAUAAUGAUCAAAA